AUGUCGACAAACAAUGCGCCCCAACCAGUGAAGCUAUCACUGCCCCUGGAAUACCAGCAGGCACUCUUCCAAGAGCUUCGUUCCGAAGAUGAGCUCGUCGUGCUCGCCCGCGGCCUCGGCCUCAUGCGCCUCGUCACCAACCUGCUCCACUCGUACGACGCGGCCGGCAACAACCUCAUCGUCAUUGUCGGCGCCGAGGACCGCGAGAACGGAUGGAUCGGCGAGGCGCUGGCCGAGCACGCCGCCAUCAGCGCCUCCCCCAAGGCCCGCGGGCUCACUGUCGUCAAUACCGACUUUCAGAGCGUCGGCGCCCGCGAAAAGAUGUAUGCUGGCGGCGGCAUAUUCAGCAUCACCUCGAGAAUAUUAGUCGUCGACUUGUUGACGGGUCUGCUGAAUCCAGAGACCAUUACCGGCUUGAUCGUGCUGCACGCCGACCGCAUCGUCGCCACGUCACUGGAAGCAUUUAUUCUCCGCGUCUACCGCCAGAAGAACAAGGUUGGCUUCCUAAAGGCCUUUGCGGACAAUCCUGAUCCCUUUACCAUUGGCUUCUCCCCCCUGGCCUCGAGGAUGCGAAACCUCUUCCUCAAAAAGGCGUCGCUCUGGCCGCGCUUCCACGUCACUGUCGCCCAGUCGCUCGAAGGCAAAAAAAAGGCAGAGGUGAUUGAGCUCGAGGUGCCAAUGACCGAGUACAUGACGGAUAUCCAAAAUGCCAUCAUGGAGUGUGUCGAGAUUAGCAUCCACGAGCUGAAAAAGGGCAACCCGGGCCUGGAAAUGGACGACUGGAAUCUCGACAGCGCCCUACUCAAAAACUUCGACGUCAUUGUCCGCCGCCAGCUCGACCCCAACUGGCAUCGCGUCAGUUGGAAGACGAAGCAAAUCGUCAGCGAUUUGACAGUUUUGCGAGGGCUUUUGAAUUACGUCGUCACCUACGAUCCCGUCUCGUUUCUGCAGCACCUCGACACAAUACACGCGGCACAUUCCCCGCCUCCAGGCUCGACGCGGCAGACGCAAUCCCCAUGGCUGUUUCUGGACGCGGCGCAGACCCUAUUUGAGACGGCACGGAAACGCGUCUAUGCGGCCAGCAUUAAGCAGAUCUCGCAAGAAGAAAACAUUGACUCUUUGCGGCCGGUCCUAGAAGAGCUCCCGAAAUGGAGCAUGCUCGCGGAAGUACUCGAGGAAAUCGACCGCGACCUUUACUUUGAGCCACACGCGAGGGAUGAUUCCAACGGCACGAUUUUAAUCAUGUGCUCCAAUGUAGACACUUGUCGUCAAUUACGAGACUAUCUGCAGACAAUGCACGUCAAGCCAAAACUGCCCACCACAAAUUCCGACGAUGAGGAGGAUGCGCAUAAGCCAUCGGCCAUCUUCAUGAUGCGCCGCCGACUGCGCAAUUACUUGCGCUGGAAGAAACAGUUCGCCGUCGUCAACGCUUCCCUUUUUACGGAAAAUAACAAGGCCCUCAAUAGCGCCACCGACUCUCGGCCCGGACACGGAGGCAUACGCGGCGGGCGUGCGCCGUCCAAUAAACGCCGGCGGCAGCGUGGCGGUGGCAAUAUGGCUGUCAGCAUGUCGAGGGCCGAGAACGGUAGCAUAUCGCAGUUUUUCGAGAAGCCCAACGAGGUGGCCGAGCUCAUGGCCGAAGUGCAGAUCACAGAGGAAGAGGCCAAGCAAAAGGACGACGUGAUUGCCGAUCCGCUCGACAACAUGGAAGACUAUUAUCAGCUCUACGACAUGCAGGAUCUGGUCGUCAUCCACGCCUAUGACGGCGACCAGGAUGAGCACGUGCUGGAAGAGGUCAAGCCUCGCUACAUCAUCAUGUACGAGCCCGAUGCGUCCUUUAUCCGCCGCGUCGAAGUCUACCGUUCCUCGCACAACGACCGCAACGUCCGCGUCUACUUCCUCUACUACGGAGGCUCCAUCGAGGAGCAGCGCUACCUCACGUCUGUGCGCCGCGAAAAAGACGCCUUCACCAAGCUUAUCAAGGAGCGAGCGGGCAUGUCCCUCGUCAUGACGGUCGACCCGCACGGCAUCCAAGACCCGCAGGAAGCGUUCUUGCGGACUGUUAACACGCGCAUCGCCGGCGGCGGCCGUCUCGCGGCGACGGCCGAGCCGCCGCGCGUUGUUGUGGACGUGCGCGAGUUCCGCUCUUCGCUGCCGUCGCUCCUCCACGGCCGCGCCAUGGUCGUUGUGCCGUGCAUGCUGACGGUCGGCGACUACAUCCUGUCACCGACCAUUUGCGUCGAGCGCAAGAGCAUCAGCGACCUCGUCUCCUCCUUCAAAGACGGCCGCCUCUUCACCCAGGCCGAGACCAUGUUCCAGCACUACAAGAACCCGAUGCUGCUCAUCGAGUUUGACCAGAACAAGUCAUUUACGCUGGAGCCCUUUGCCGACCUGUCGGGGAGCCUGAGCAGCGUGUCGGCGACCAACGUGUCAUCGGACCUGCAGAGCAAGCUGGUGCUGCUGACGCUCGCGUUUCCCAAGCUCCGCAUCAUCUGGUCCUCGUCGCCGUACCAGACGGCCGAGAUCUUUGAGUCGCUCAAGACGCAGGAGGCCGAGCCGGAUCCGCUGGCGGCUGUCCGCGCCGGGCUCGACAAGGACGCGCGCGCAGAGGACCAGGUGUUCAACCAGGAGCCGCAGGAUAUGCUGGCGGUGGUACCGGGCGUCACGCCGCAGAAUAUCAAGAACAUUAUUGUCAAUACGGAGAAUGUUAAGGAGGUGGCGAACAUGACGCCCGAGGAACUGGCGCCGCUGGUGGGCAAGGCGGCCGGAAGGGCGAUUCAUGCCUUUUUUGACAGAAAUGUCAUGGAGGAGGAAGAUUACUGA